CAUUCCCAGGGUGCAGCGCGCCACGAUGUUGUCAACUUCCCCACAUUUUUCACAAAUUUUGAUAAAUUUGCAGUUUUGGGUCGAUUUUUGAAAUUUUUUGGUACUUUUUGAAACUCUAACAUCAGGGAGAGACUAUUCUUAAGCUGGUACUGUAUUUACUUCCAGCCUAAACAACAUUUUAUACUCAUUUUUGUCUCCAUCCUCUUACACAGAGCUCAACUCAGCAUCUUUGAUCUUGUUUACCUCAUCAACAAUCUCAUAUUGACAUUCUAGGAAAGGUUUGUUUACAAGAUGGCUCUCAACAAAUAUAUGCAUCCGAGGAAUAAGUACAAAAACAACCCUCCCGAUUUUGCAGUCCUGGCUAAAAAGUACCCCGAUUUCGCUCAGUAUGUAACGUACAACAAAUCCGAGACGCGGGGGUUCAUAAACUUUAAGGACCCCGAAGCGAUGAGAUGUUUAACAUGUACCCUUCUGAAGGAGGACUUUGGGCUGGAGGUGGAGAUUCCGAACGAUCGGUUGAUUCCCACACUACCACUGCGCCUGAACUACAUCCACUGGAUCGAAGACCUGCUACAGGGGAUGGACGAUGUGACGAAGGAAGCAGGGGAUUCUGGGAAGGUUACGGGUAUUGACAUAGGUGCUGGUGCGUGUUGUAUCUACCCCUUGCUGGGCUGUACCCUGAAUGGUUGGAACUUCCUUGCCACAGAAGUGGACCCCACCUCCUACACCUAUGCUGUCAACAAUGUCAGCAGGAACAACAAACAGGACAACAUCACAGUAAAAAGCGUCAAAAGGGACGAGGGCCUUCUGAAGUUCUUGAACGAAGAUGAGAGUUACUUUGACUUCUGCAUGUGCAACCCACCUUUCUAUGCCAACGACCUGGAGGCCCAGGGACUGCUGCCUGACCGGGGCAGUGAACGCCCCCUGCCCUCCUCCAUCAGUACUGCAAGUGAGGCAGAGCGAGUGGCCAGUGGUGGUGAGGUGGGACAUGUGAGCAGGAUCAUCUUGGAGAGCUUGCAGCUUCAGCAGAGGAUAGGGUUUUACACCUCCAUGUUGGGCAAGAAAUCCAGCUUGAAACCUUUGAAAGAGAUGUUGAAGGAAAACGGGAUUGAAAACUUCACCUGCACAGAGUUCUGCCAGGGUCGAACCAUGAGAUGGGGAAUUGUCUGGACAUUCCACAAGGACAUCACUCUACCUAAGAAGAAGAGCAAGCCUCCCAUCAGGACAGUCGUGCCAGAGAAGUACUUACAGCACCUCAUGAAGCAUGCUGCUCAGACUGGGGGCAUGCAGAACACAAGGGUGCAGCUGGUCAGCAGCGCCAUCAAGCAGCUACUGGGAGAACUGCAGGUGCCGUUCCAGGAGUGUGCUCCCCCCAGUCCAGACCACAGCAUCUCCCUGACGCUAACUCCCACGGAAAACACCUGGAUUCACAACAGGAAGAGACGCAGACAGAAGUCCAGGGAGGCUGCGGAGGGACUGAAACACGUGGAACAGCCGCUAAUGUUACAGUUUGAUACACCGGAACAGAAAGAACAACAGCCAAAUACAAAGAUGGAAGAAGAGAAGAUGGAACAUGAUGGCAGCCAUGUUGGGGAGGGGGGCAAAUCAGAGAAGCUCGAUGACACAGACAGUAAGAAAAUGGAGACAUCAGAUGAUGCUGCGAAUGGCACUACCAGCCCCGGUAAACGAGGAGCUUCCGAAGAGGCAGCGCAUGAAGAGUUUCUGUUUAAAGCAUGCCUGUCAAUCAGUAUGAUUGACAAGGGUAUCGUCAUGGAGAUGGGAUGGUUGGAGGGUAAGGACAAGGAUGGCAUGAACCAGCUGGUGUGUUACUUAAAGAGCCAGUUCAACAAAGUCUGAGGUGUAAGAAGUAUCCACUGGUACUUUGUACCAAAAAGUAGUAUCAAUGUGGUCUCAUCAGCUUGAUAUAUUUCCUUUGUCAAAAGAGAAUGAAUAUUAUUUUCUGUUCACAUAGUUGAUUUGAUUAUAAUAUGGAUGACAUCUGUGCACGCAUCAAUGUUCGACCUUUCCAAAAUAGAAACAGUUGUCGAUUGUACUGUAAAUCAUAUAAAACAGCUGCAAAAAUGAUCAAAUGCUGUAAGUUGCAAAAAAGAUCGGAAGAUGGAUAUUGCCGUUUUAGAAUGCUAAACUCAAUUCCAAAAAAAGAACAAAAGUUUAGAAUAGUUAUGUUGUAUGGUACACCAUACUCUAUGUUUAUUGUUCAACCUUUUUGACCACUAAGAUUUCAUGAUGAAGUUGUUUUCCUAUUUUGGCCAAUCUUUCUUUAUUCGCACGCUCGAAUGACAGUUUUUAGGUGUCCAGAUAGAGGAUGUCAUCCAUAUAUUCAAAUCAACAUGGCUUAAUUGUUGAUUGGUUGAAAAGGGGGUUUGUCACAAACAAAGGUAUGGCAAUUUUCAUCAUACCAUCCACAGGUGUGGAGAAUCAUGAUAAAUAGAUAGGACAUUGAUCCAGAACAUGGUGGCAAAAUUGAAGGCCAGGUGAGGAAGCUUGAAAAACUGUCUCAAGCAACCAUGGUAUGACCAAAUCAGGUUGGAUAAGUGACACAGUAUUAUUUUUGAACGGUAGAAAAGGGGAUGUUGUCAGCAGACAAUGAGAGAAAGUAGCACAGUCCACGGGACAGUGAACAAGUAGGGCAUGGAGAUGCUAAAAGGGAGCUCUAUAGUGUAAAGGGUCUCCCUACAUAGUACCCCCAAAUCAUGUUGCAUUUUUCUGUUCCAAAUUUCAUCAGCAAAAGUGUUUAAAUCUAUUUGAAAAAUACAAAGUGCCCUGGCAUGAAUUCUGAAACUUCACGAUAUACAUUUGAUUUGAUUGGUUCCGAUGCAAUUUACAUGUCCAGGUCAAAAAAGUCAAUGACUGAUUUUGGAAAGGGACAGUGAAAAAGUUCACAAUUAUGGAAGUAGCAUAUUGCUACAAAACACUGCAUUGUGGUAAGAUGACCUUUUGAAACAGAAUCUUUUUAUUUUGGCCAAACUUUUUUUUUCAUUAUUCGCAUGCAUCAGUUUUUGGAAAGGGACAGUGAAAAAGUAGGACACUAUUAAGGAAGUAUUAUAUUGCUACAGAACACCGCAAUGUGGUAAAAUGAACUUUUGAUACAGAAUCUUUUUAUUUUGGCCAAACAUUUUUUAUUUUUCGCACACUCGCCUCAGUUUGGAAGCUUCCAGAAGAUGUCAUCAAAUGAAGAUGGCAUUACUUUUGAUUGGAGUUUCAUAAACAUGUAUACUGUUGCAUUUAAGCACAGGUUUAGGCCUGUUUGAAAAUGUUACUUUACGCUCUACAAUAAUCAAUGAUUUAAGUGAUGAGGAGUCCCAUGAAUUGAGAGGACUGUAAAAAUACAGUGGUAUCCUAGGUGGUACUGUAUCAUCAACUACUAAGUAGUUGUAAUAACUCCUUUUUUAAUCUUCUUUUUGGUGCAAUUUGCUGCACUGUCAAUUUUUUCCCCAAAGCUUUCUUUAGUUUGGUUCCUCUUUGUUGUAUUAUUCCUUGUUCAAAUUGUUUAGUUUGAACUCAACAAAAAACUAUAAAAAUUAUCUUGAGUUGAGAGGAUGUAACGUUAUACAUUGUCCAAAAAGUUGUUCUUUGUGAUUCAAAGUUUGCAACUUAUAUAAACAGUUUAAGACUGACUAAAAUGAUAUUAAAUAGUAACAUUUUGUUAUAUUUCUUGUAUUUUAUAUUUUGUUAUGUUUCUUCAAU